GAGCUCACAUCGAGAUUAAUGGCGGAUUUAAAUUCCACACCUCUUCUUUCUCAAUCCAGAUCCACCGAUGAAUCUGAACUUCCACGGCCAGCAGGGAGCCGCCUUCCAUCUCCAGGAUCCACAAUCGAACGUUGCCUAUCAGAAUUCAAUCUCUCCCAGUUCCUCCAAGCCCUUCUCGUCUCCUUCGCUUGGAUCUUCGAUGCGCAGCAAACUUUCAUCACCGUCUUCACCGACGCCCAACCCCCAACGUCAUCCCCAGCCCGCCACGGCGGCUCGUCGUACUCCUCCAUCAUCUUGGAGUGGGGCUUAAAUCCAGAGGACCCCAUACUUACGGGCCUCCCGGCCUCCUCCUUCUUCAUGGGCUGCCUCAUCGGCGGGCUUGCCCUGUCUACUCUCGCUGAUACGUCCUUGGGCCGCAAGAACAUGCUGUUCUAUUCUUGUCUUGUGAUGUCUCUCUCUUCAUUCUUCGCCUCCUUUUCUCCCAACCUUUGGGUCUAUUCUUGUCUCAAGUUUCUCUCUGGUUUUGGCAGAGCCACCAUAGGUACCUCUGCCCUCGUCCUCGCCACUGAGGUCGUCGGAAAGCGGUGGCGCGGCCAGGUGGGUGUCAUGGGAUUCUUCUGCUUCACUUUCGGCUUUCUCUCACUCCCGGCCAUGGCAUACUUAAACCGAAACUCCUCGUGGAGAAACCUCUAUAAAUACACAUCCAUCCCAACAAUAUUCUAUUGUGUGUUAGUAAAAUUCCUCGUAAGGGAAUCUCCUAGGUGGCUUCUUGUACGAGGAAUGAAAGAGGAAGCCGUUAAUACGCUACGAUGCAUCGCAUCCAUAUCUCAAAGCUCAUUAAAUUUAGCCGUUUCUAAAGUGUCUGAGGCUGAGGAAAGUUCAAAUGAUAAUAUGAAUUUAUACUCAGCACUGAAGGUUUUGAUGCAGAGAAAGUGGGCAUCAAGAAGGAUCUUCGCUGUUAUGUUGAUGGGUUUUGGUAUUGGGGUUGUUUAUUAUGGGAUGCCACUAGGUCUUGGAACGCUGUCGUUUGAUCUGUAUUUGAGUGUGGCGUUCAACGCUUUAUCUGAGCUGCCAUCUUCUCUGUUAACCUUCAUAUUGAUUGGCAAGUUCAAGAGAAGAAGUGCUAUUUGGGUAUUCACCAUCAUGAGUGGGAUUUUCAGUCUCUUGUCGGUGAUGGAGUUUGGGAAAACAUGGAUGGAGCUGGAAAUUGGAUUUGAGUCGGUGUCGUUUUUCUGUGCUUGCACUGCCUUUAAUAUAUACUUGUUAUAUACGACGGAGCUAUUCCCGACAUGCGUACGGAACUCGGCGUUGGCGAUGGCUAGGCAGGCAUUGGUGCUGGGUGGGGCGGUCAGUCCGGUGCUGGUUGCUGCGGGGAGGAGGCAGAGGUUCUGGUGCUACGGGGUGUUUGGAAUCGUCAUAGGGCUGAGUGGUGUGUUCGUAGUGCUUUUGCCAGAGACGAAAGGCAGAGCACUUUGUGAUACAAUGGAGGAGGAGGAGGAGGAAGGCAAACAGAGAAUCAGCUCAGCCAUGUUGGCCUAAAUCUUAAUUAUAUUAAUAAGAAACACUUGAAUUGAAGUUGGCAUCCAGCGAAAAAAGAAAACGCUUUUUUAAGUUGUGACGAGGUAUGCCUCUAGUUGUGAUGUUGGUGCCUCUUCUCUGCUUAAAUAUAUAUAUUUAUAUAUAUAUAUGGUGUAUCCGAUCCAUUCGCUGUGAUGAAUUUAGACGGUGAGUUGGUAGAUUGGAAGAGGAGAAAGAUUAUUUUCGUAAGUUACUGCAAAAACGCAUUGGAAGGUUUGGUUAUGGUAAGAGGAAUCUUGCCAUUAUGCGUUACUUGCAGCGAAACAGAGCCGUCAUUUGUGGCUGGCGUAAGGCCUGCAAAUAUUAUUUGACUGUCUAUACCUAUUAA